CCCGCCCCAUAUAGAAUCUCCAGCCAGAUUUUCUCUCAUACAAGAUUCCAACCACCACUUUCUAGGAUUUCGAUUCUUAACCCGAAAGAAAAACAAAAUCCCAUUUUCCGUACAACCUUACUGUGUUUUUCUUUAUUAUUCCCAAUAAAGAAAAUCAAGAAAGAAAAGCUUUUCCUUGGAAGGACUAUAUAGUUUGAUUUUUCUUUUUCUUUCUAAUAUUUAUUAUUGCAUGCAGCUCUAUAAAUUCGAACACUUUGGAUAAUCAUCUGACUUGUAAAACACAUUUCUUUGGAGUUUUGUGUUGAAACUUUCUCAUUCUGACAAAUUUGGUGAAUCUAAAUUAAAAAUCCCAUUAAGAAUUGAGAAGAAAGUUUUUGUUUUUACAAAGAAAUGGGUAUAAAGGCAAAUGGGUUUGUGAAAGGUUGUCUAUCUGAGGAAUUGAAGAAGCUAAUUCGAUCUGUGGCUUUUUCCAACUAUGGUGAUGUUCUUGAUGAUACAGAUUUAUUGCAGAUCGUUCCUUUGAAAGGGGCUAUGACUAAUGAGGUUUUUCAGAUAACUUGGCCAACAACACAUAUAGAUUGUUCUAGGAAAGUAUUGGUCAGAGUUUAUGGUGAAGGAGUUGAUGUUUUCUUCAAUAGGGAAGAUGAAAUCCGUACCUUUGAAUACAUUUCCAAACACGGUCAAGGACCUCGUCUUCUUGGGAGAUUCUCAGGUGGAAGGAUAGAGGAGUUUAUUCAUGCCAGAACUCUUUCAGCUGCUGACCUUCGUGACCCCGAAAUAUCUGCACUUAUAGCAUCUAAACUGAAAGAGUUUCACAGUAUAGAGAUGCCAAAUUCAAAGAAUGUGCAUCUUUGGAACACAUUGAGGAAAUGGCUUCCUACAGCAAAGAGUUUGUGUACCGAAGAAGACACUAAAGAAUUCUGCUUGAAUAAUCUGGAGGAGGAAAUCGAUAUGCUCGAGAAAGAAUUGUAUAAUGAUUCUCAAGAAAUUGGGUUUUGUCACAAUGAUUUGCAGUAUGGCAACAUAAUGAUGGAUGAAGAAACGAGAUUAAUCACCAUUAUCGAUUACGAGUACUCAAGUUACAAUCCCGUCGCUUAUGACAUUGCAAAUCAUUUCUGUGAAAUGGUAGCAAAUUACCAUUCAGAUACACCUCAUGUUUUGGAUUAUAGCAAGUAUCCAGAUCUGGAAGAGCGCCAAAGAUUUGUCCGGAUGUAUCUGAGCUCUGCAGGCUAUGAACCUAGUGACACUGAAGUAGAACAGCUAAUCAAUGAUGUGGAGAAAUACACUUUAGCAAACCAUAUCUUUUGGUGCUUGUGGGGAAUCAUUUCAAAUUAUGUGAAUGUAAUUGACUUUGACUACAUGGAGUAUGCAAGACAGAGGUUUCGACAGUAUCGGUUGAGGAAGCAAGAAUUGCUGGGCUCGUCGGGUGUUUCUCCUUAAUGGAUACUUAAGAAAGGAAGCUUCCCAGUAGCCAAUUUCAAGGGUUCUGAUAUAUGAUAGUGUGAUAGCAUAGUAUGAUGAGGCUUGUAAAUAAAACCCACUUCUCUUUUCUGGGCAAUGACUGUAAAUUUGUUAAGGUUUUUUUGCAAUGUUUCUAUGGCAUCAUAUGUUUUUUGUUUUGACAAUAUAUAUUAUUUUAUAAAAGCAAUUAUUAUUUCAACAAA